CGGACUGGAAGGGGGGGAAAGUGUCCGGACUGGAAGGGGGGGAAAGUGUCCGGACUGGAAGGGGGUGAAAGCGUCCGGACUGGAAGGGGGGUGAAAGCGUCCGGACUGGAAGGGGGUGAAAGUGUCCGGACUGGAAGGGGGGAAAGCGUCCGGACUGGAAGGGGGGGAAAGCGUCCGGACUGGAAGGGGGUGAAAGUGUCCGGACUGGAAGGGGUGAAAGUGUCCGGAAUGGCAGGGGGGAAAGUGUCCGGACUGGAAGGGGGGAAAGUGUCCGGACUGGAAGGGGGGAAAGUGUCCGGACUAGAAGGGGGGUGAAAGUGUCCGGACUGGAAGGGGGGAAAGCGUCCGGACUGGAAGGGGGGUGAAAG